UUUUUAUUGCGAAUUUGCGUUAAUUUUUCUUUUUAUUACAUUUAGCGGCGCUUUAGUUUAGUUUACGUUUAAUUACAAACAUAUAAUUAAUAAUAAAUUACUUUAUAAUUACUUAUAGCGACAACAACACGAUUUGGCGCAAAAAGCAGCCGAAUCUCUGGUCAAUAAGGAAUAUACGAUCGAAACGGUUGCUCCCAAAACAGAUGAUGAUAAAAACAAGAAUUUAGAUAUCGAUGCCGCGCAAGAAAAGUAUUUAUUGGCUGUCUUUGGAUACGUUUGCCGAAUAUACGAUCGAAACGGUUGCUCCCAAAACAGAUGAUGAUAAAAACAAGAAUUUAGAUAUCGAUGCCGCGCAAGAAAAGUAUUUAUUGGCUGUCUUUGGAUACGUUUGCCAGGUGUGCAGUGUGUUUGUGAAGGACAAGUCGGCCCGUUUUGACCACUGCCACAGUGAAGAGCACUCAAAGAAGUUUAAUGCGGCAGAAGAGGAGCGCAUUAAGAAAGAAGAGACAGAAAAGAAAAGCGCUGACAGUUCUGAGACGACUCCCGCCGCCGAACAGAAGGACAGUGCGGCCGAAAAGCCGGCGCCAGAGACUGAAACUGCCGCUAAAACUGAUGCGAAACCAAAUCAAACCGUAACCGACGGCGCGGUCGUGUCCACUGAGAAGGCGGCCGAUGAACACAAAGAGCCAAUCAAUCAAUCGGAAGAAAUAAAAUCUGAAGAGAAAGCAGUCAUUGCAGACCAAGUCAAUGACGGAACAGACGAUAAAACUGUUGAAUCCAAUCCCCCAACAGGUGCUGUCGCCACCGCCGCCGCCGCUCCAACCCCUGCGGCCGCCCCAACUCCUGUGGCGACGCCCACACCCACACCACCGCAACCACAGCCCACUCCACCCGUAAAUAACUACUCGGGCAACGAGUUUAACCAAAAUAGAGGUCGUGGUUAUCAGAGAGGAGGAAGAGGUGGAAACCAAGGCCGGGGUCGUGGAGGGGGUCGGGGACGCAAUCGCGAAAUAAAAUCUGAAGAGAAAGCAGUCAUUGCAGACCAAGUCAAUGACGGAACAGACGAUAAAACUGUUGAAUCCAAUCCCCCAACAGGUGCUGUCGCCGCCGCCGCUCCAACCCCUGCGGCCGCCCCAACUCCUGUGGCGACGCCCACACCCACACCACCGCAACCACAGCCCACUCCACCCGUAAAUAACUACUCGGGCAACGAGUUUAACCAAAAUAGAGGUCGUGGUUAUCAGAGAGGAGGAAGAGGUGGAAACCAAGGCCGGGGUCGUGGAGGGGGUCGGGGACGCAAUCGCGGUCGCGGUCGCAAAUGAUUGACAUAAUCUCCGAUCGCCACAUCAAAAACCAUAGCUUGAGUUUCGACUGAUCUGAGCCCUCAUUCAUGAGAUUAUUUUCUAUUUAAUUAUAGACCGGUUUUUACUCAUUUACCCAUAUUUUUCGCACAUUUUUAAAAAUCUCAUAAACAGUUUUUUAGUUGAGUUUUUAUUUUAUUUUUAACAUUUUCCUAAUUUCUAGCUCUCAUUUCAUUUAUUGUAUUUUAGAAAUCAUUUAUUAAAUUAAUUUAGAAAUCAUUGAUUCGCAAGUAUUAUUAGUUUUAGUAUACAUUUUAGAGUGAUUUUAUGUCAAUCAUUACAGACCACACUUUGAAUUGUGUUUUUUGAAAUGCAUUCAUUCAUUGCCUC